AUGUCCAAGGAACAGAGGAGAGCAGCAGAUUGCCACAGGCUGCCCUCGGUGCCUGGCUUUGAGGUUGCCGUUGCCGGAGCCCUGCGCAGCCACCGGGCCCAGGUCUGGUCCGUGAAGAUGAGCAUGAGGAGCGCACCCACGCUCCAGCAGCUCGCCAUGCACAGCCUGCUGAGCAACCCUUCGCUGGCCAUCUCUGCCCUGGAGGAUGUGCCCGUGCUGCUGUUCCCUUCUCUCUUUCUCGAGGCCUACCUGACCGAGUCACCAGAGCUGGAAACCUUGAAAGCUGCCCUGGAUGGGCUCGAUCUGCUGGUGGCCAAGAAAGAUCGUCCCAGUCGGUGGAAACUGCACGUUCUCGAUCUGCGGAGUGCGUACCCCAACAUCUGGAAACGAAGCUACCCCCACAUGAUGCGCGUGUCUUGUCCAGACAUCUUGCCUGAGGAGCCCACAGCCAGACCCGGGUCAGAGAAGCCUGAAGAACAACAGCCCUUGAUGAUCGUGGCGGACCUCACCAUCAAAGAUGGCCCCCAGGAUGCCUUCCAAGCCUACCUGCUGGGCUGGGCCAGGAAGAGGAAAGCACGAGUGCAGCUGUGCUGUAGGCAGCUGCAGAUUCUGUCCCCCUCCACCCAUCAAAUCCAGAAGGCUCUGCGUGCGGUGCGCCCGGACUCCAUCCGGGAAUUGGUGGUGAACAGCUUCUGGCAUCGAGAAACCAUGAAAAGGUUUGCUCCUUCCCUGAGCCGCAUGAAGAACCUUGAGCUCCUGGACUUCUCCAAGAUGAGCGCGCAUGUCUACACUUCCCGCUCCAGGAAUUUCUGGUAUUCCCGCAAGUACGCAGCACACCUGGGGCAGCUGCAGCGCCUCCAGGAGCUGCGCCUGCACGACGUCUUCUUCCUCCGUGGACAGCUGCCCGCCAUCCUCAGGAGCCAGACCCCUCUGAAGACCUUGUCUCUCACUGCCUGUCCCCUGAAGGAAGCCGACCUGAGGUUUCUGUCCCAGUGUCCCUGCACCCGCCGGCUCAAGCACCUGCGCCUGAGGAGCUUGCUCAUGGCCGACUUCAGUCCCGAGCCCCUGCGGGCCCUGCUGGAGCACGUGGCCGGCACCCUGGAGACCCUGGCCCUGGAGGACUGUGCCAUCACGGAUGGCCAGCUCUCGGCCAUCCUGCCCGCCCUGGGCCGGUGCUCUCAGCUCCGCUUCCUCAGUUUCUAUGGAAACCGCAUCUCCAUGGCCACCCUGCACAGCCUGCUGAGCCACACAGCCAGCCUGGGCCGCUUGAGCCAAGGGCUCUAUCCCGCCCCUCUGGAGAGCUUCCUCCCUCCAGACUGGUGCCUGGGCCACAUCCACCCCGAGGCAUUUGCCCAGGUUCGAGCUAGGUUGGCGCAAGCAUGGAGAGAUUCCGGGACAACCCAGAAGCUCCAGAUCUGCACCGAUUUCUGUCAUCGCCGCCACAAGGGCCAAUUCUAUAGCCUGGGAUCCGAUGGCUACUGGGUGGUCACGCACGAGGCUCUUCCUGCACUUUCGGCCCUGCCUGUUUAG